CUGAGAACAUGUUUUUCAAAUGUGAGUACAACUUUGCUCCAUAAAGUAUUCUGCUAGUACCACCUAAAGCAUUUGUUGUUGAUAAUAUUUGAAAACAUCUUAUGUUCCCCAAUAUUGCUUUGCAUCAUAAGAAAACAUUACAUAUACUGUUGCCUGCUAAUAUAAGUACUUUUUUUGGGUUGCAAUUGAUGGUUGAAAGCCUUGUCUAUCCUCAGCAUGAGUGCCUUUCAGGGUGUGGGGAUGCCGCCGGUGGAGCAUCUUCACCUGGAACAUGUUCUGCAGACUGUGUGUGUGUUGGAGUCAGUCGUCCGCCGCUGUUUCGGCCCUGAAGGAGGACAGGUGCUGUUCACACAAGACACGGGACAAGCAAUGUUGAGCCGCAGUGGGUCUCGCAUUCUCACUGCACUACGACUGGAGCAUCCAGUGGCCAGGAUGGUGGUGGAGUGUGUCUUGAACCACAGCACUGUAACAGGUGAUGGGUCCAAGACAUUUAUACUGCUGAUGGCGUCAUUACUACGGAUAAUUCAUACAACGGCCUGCAAGGAGCCUCAUCUGUCUCACACCUAUAACUCCAAGGCCGCAGCAGAAGCGGCCACUGCCAGGCACUUGGCUGACAAGUUGUUGGCAUUUGCAUUAGAGGAGCUGGACGAUCUUAUUGCCAUAGCAGUGGUCCCGUAUGGAUGCUGUCUUUCUUGGGAGGAUUUUACUGCAAAAACACAAUUACAAGCGCACACAAACAGUCACUGUGUUCAAAAUCUUCUGGCAUCCUUCUUUUAUUCACGGCUGGGUCGCACCCACUGUGAGCUCAUGAGCAACCUCACCUGUGAACUUCUCACUCACUGGAAGAUUGAAAAUGACUUACCUUCCUCAUCACUUCACUUUGUAAAUGACAACUUGGCUGCCUUGCAUACACCUGUGUCAGGCUUCCCUAUUAGUUGUUCACGUUUGAUUAUGGGGCAAGUCAUUCACAGGGACUUUGCUGCACACUGCCCUCAGACUGACCACCAGCUGGUUAAAGCUGUCGUUUUUUCUGGGUACCUGCAGCCAAAAUUGCUCCGCGCAGAAGAAGUGCUGGAGCUGGGGUGUGGAGAGCAAGGGCAGCAGAGAAAAAUUGUGCAUUUUAGCGCCUGGGCAGAAAGGUCGCUGGAGUGUGUCAUUGCGAAACUGCGGAGUUUGGGCGUCUCUGUGCUCAUGUCCGCAGUGAAACAGUCUGCUGCUGUCCUGGCGUUAGCUCUACAGGCGGAGAUGUCCAUGGUGGAGUGUGUGAGUGAAGACGAGCUGACUCUCUUUGCGAGGCUCAGUAGGACCACGCCUGUCACUGACUGCUGGAUGAUUGAACCAGAGCACGUUGCUACACUGACCUAUUGCAGACCAAUACUGCUGGGAGCUCAUAGGUAUGUCCAUGUGGCUUUCCAUGACUCCGAGGAAAGGGCCACGGUCAAACCCUGUAGUCUGGUCGUUUGUGGCCUGGGGGAAGGGCAAACUGACCAGUAUGCUUUUGCGCUUCGAGAUGCUAUCCGCAUGCUUCUUUCAACUUGGGAGCCCAUGUCGACAUCAAAGAGGACCUUGCAGUCCAACAAAAGCACGUCUUUACAUCCGGACAAUCAGAUCGCCAAUGCAACUCCCUCCAAGCAGUAUGUGUUGGAGCCAGGCUGUGUUAUCCCUGCCGGUGGGACAUUUGAGUUCCUCUUAAACCAUGCCCUCCUGCUACAUGGCAGCAGUUGCUCAUUUCCUGAUGACACAAUUACGGGUGUCCCUGCUGUUUCCCAGCUCCUGGCAAAGGCUCUUCUGAGCGUGCCACGACAGAUUUACUCUGACAGUCCACGGCGUUUCCUGCAGACUCAAACCAGACUCCUGAGUUGUAUUCAAAAUCAUUUGCACCCUUCCAGCCUCACACACAAACAAGAACCCAACACAACCCUCAUACAGGUUAAGGAUGAAAGUGAAAGCCCUCUAGAGGAGGGUACACUGAUCAAGCAUUGUCGUCCAGAAGCUGACCCGUCACCAGAGGUGUUUACGUUGGACUCGGGCCUUGAAUCUGUCUCUUGUAAAUACCAGGUACUUUUGGCCGUGCUGCAGUGUGUCUCAAGUCUUCUCCGUGUGGACACCGUGCUGCACACACACACCGCCUUACACACUCAGUCUCACAGACUUUCAAACAUUUCCCGGGAGGGCACAGAUGACGAGGCUGAAGACUGAGAUUGUAAUACGUGCCCAGAUGAAAUCUAUAAACAUAUUUUCUCUCAAUACUCGGGUAUCAUUCAAAAGUAGGAGGAAAUUAUUUUUAAUUAUUGCUAGUCAUUUUUUGUACGUCCAGUGUUUCUUUUCCCUCACAACAAUGUAUUUGAAAACCAAGUUUAUACUUCUAUUGUGAAAGUAAACUACAAUUCACAGCAGCACUGUUUCGGUGCUUCUUUUACAACCUGUUAGGUUUGGCAAUAAUAAAAAAAUUAAAAAAAUACAUCAAACAACUUGGUGUUGAUCUCUGUCCAGGACAGAAUGUGCUGUUUUCAGACAAUUUAGUCUUUAUCUACUGUGUUACUGUGAAGUAGUGAGUGAGUAAAUGUGGAUGUUGGCUUCUUUCCUCUUGAGUUCUCAUUAGGGUUCCUUUUCUUCCUCCACAUUUCUCUUUCUUAUCUCAGCUUCCUGCCCUCAUUCCCUGGCCAACACAUUAUGUUACAUAAAAGGCACACACACACACACACACACAAACAGAGAACAACAUGGGGGCAUCGUCUCACGUAGACACACACACUUUUUAAUAAUCAGUGUUAUCUGUAUUGCGGGGGUGGGGUGUCUGAGGGGGCCACACCCGGCUGUUAACAACCAAAUCGAAUUGUACUUCCUUGUGCUAUAAUCAGAGGAACUCAACCUCUGUCCUCACCUCUUUUUGGUGAAGUAGUGAGUCAUUAAAAAUGGCUAGAUUAACUGUCAUCCAUAAUCGUGCUGUUUACUGUCAUCAGUGUGCACCUAGUUUUCAACAGAUAUUUCACAAUAAAUUUUUGAUGACAUGACUCAGAAACAAAGACAGUUCUUGGCUUGUUUUUCGUGUUUUAGAACAAACUACAUGAGUCACACUUGAUGGUCACAAAUAUCAAAGAGGGAAAAAGCUGGGUUAAGUACUCACUGCGCACACGGAAAAUAACCUGGAGGUUGUUUUAAGUCUUAUCAAGGCCCCUUCGCCCGUAUCAACCUGACAUGCUCCCUGUAUCCCACACGGCUAACUCUAACAUACAGAGCACAGACAAUUUGUGAAUGCAUCAAUCUAAUAGUGAACAUUUUUCUUUCUUGUUAAUAGAACUUUAAUUGCAGGCCUUUUGAUAAUAGGCUUAAUGAGACAUUACAGCUAAUUGGGCUGUGUGUGUGUGUGUUGCUUCCAUUGAAGUAAGAAAAAGAGUGAGUUGCGUGCAUAAUAUAGACCUACCGAGCCAACUCAGUCAGUACAUUUUGGUUUAUUUGGUUCUCAUUAAUAUUUGCCUCUGUGAAACAUAGUGCAUAUGGUAUAAAUCAAUCCAAUCUCUGUAAAAUAAAAAGAACAUUAUAAAAUACAAACCACAUGUACUAUAUUACCACCUAAGUGCAUGAAUAUUUUACAAAUAAAAAAAAGAAGACGUUUACAAAAUGUGACAAAUCCAAGGCGACUUUAGCAAAGGGGGAGUACAAAAGGGAACAAAUGAAAUGUCACAAUGAAGGAACCAAGAUACUACUCUGU